CGCGUGUGCGACGUGACGUCGGCAAAAUAUGGAGGCCCGACAGCAGCGCCACUUCUUCAUCCAGCGGAAAAAAACAGAGACGAAGUGAGGUUAAGGUGAAGUUCAGGGAGUGUAUUUUCCCGGGAAAAUGCGGAGAUCUAGCGCCCCAUCGAUGAAGAGGCAGUGUGGGGAGUCUGCAGGGAGAAGAGAAGGUAAUUCUAGCAAGUUUGUGAAGGUCACAGUAGAGCGGGAGCGAGUAAAUGUGGGUCCUCUGAGGGACUUCCAAAUGCUGGGAAAACAAGAUGAUCCGGACGCUCCUGUGCCAGUGAAUGCUUCAGUGGAGAGAAAGUACUCAGUGCUGUGGAAUCGCCCCAAUACCAAGAAACAUAAAACAUGGGAAGGUGACGGUGUGCUUGAAAUAACGGAGAAUACAGUUUACUUGAGGAAUUCUGACGGAUCUAUUCUCACAUCCAUGCCAAUUCCCAGUAAGGAUGUGACUUUUGAGGAGGGUAUGAGACUUACAGUGGGCUCUAAGGAGGUGGAAAUUGUUGAGGAAAUUGGUGAAGUAGAAGUUAAGGAAGAGAAACCGGUGAUGCCAGUGAAAUCUCAACCAAUCGUCCGGAAAGUGGAGAAACUCGGAGGAUUGUUGUUGCCAGAUCCUCCACAAGAGCACCAGAGAAUCUUCAACAGAGAACAGAAACCUCUAACUCCUGUUAGAGUCGUGGAAUCCGUGGCGAAGCACUUGAGGCCACACCAAAAAGAGGGAAUCAUCUUCUUGUAUGAAUCUCUAAUGGGAUUCCACAAUCCUGAGGCUGAAUUUCAUGGAGCUGUGUUGGCGGAUGAGAUGGGACUUGGGAAAUCUCUUCAGGUUAUCGCCACAUGCUUUACACUCCUUCGCCAAGGACCGUACGCUCGAAGGAACAUCGCCAGGAAGAUUUUGAUUGUCUGCCCGAGUAGCCUGGUGGAGAAUUGGAGCAGAGAAGUUGGCAAAUGGCUGGGAGAAGAGAGAAUAUACGCUUUUGUUGUGGAUGGAAAGCAUAAAGUAAAGGAUUUCAGUGUCUCAGCCACGAUGCCUUUCAUCAUUCUCUCAUAUGAAAUGGUGGUGACUCAACUGAAUGACUUGCAAGACAUGAUCUUCGACGUGAUGGUGUGCGACGAAGGCCACAGACUGAAGAAUAGCGAUACUCGCAUCGUCAAGCUCCUCACUCAGAUGGAUUGCAAGCGCAGGAUUAUUCUCACCGGGACUCCGAUCCAGAAUGAUCUUCAUGAAUUCUUCUGCCUUGUUAGCUUUGUUCAACCUGAUAUCUUGGGCAGUUAUACAGAGUAUCGCAUAAAAUAUGAGACGCCAAUUGUGAAUUCUCAAGUUCCUGGAGCUGAUUCCGAAGUUCAGGCUUUGGGACAUGAAAAAGUGCAGGAAUUGAAUGAUAUUACUGACAAAGUGAUACUGAGAAGGACACAACUGGUCAACAGAGAGUAUUUGCCUGAAAAGGAGGAAGUUGUAGUGUUCUGUAAAGCAACAGAGAUCCAAGACUUUCUCCAGGAACGCCUUGUAAGUUCCUAUGAGACUGAAGAAGUUAACAGAAUGUCUCCCUUUAAAGUGAUUUCGCUAUUGAGGAAGAUCUGCAAUCAUCCAGCACUCUUGGAGACUAUUGAGGCCCAGGAGGGUUUGGUGUGUGUGCUUCAGGAGUUUCUUCCACCGACUGGAGACAUGGGACCGCGAGAUUCUGGCAAACUGUCUGUUUUAGAAGGAUUAUUGGCAGAAUUGAGGGGCACUGGAGAAAGAAUCGUGGUCGUGAGUCACUCAACAAAAGCCCUAGAUAUGAUCGAAGGACUUUGUCGUUACUUUAAUCAUGUCUACUGUCGUCUGGAUGGUUCCACGAGUUCUUCAGACAGACAACGCAUUGUGGACAGAUUUAACUCACCCUCCAGUGACGCAUUUGUUUUCCUUUUGUCCGCCAAAGCGGGAGGAACUGGCCUGAAUCUUAUCGGAGCAUCCAGAUUGGUGCUGUUCGAUGCUGACUGGAACCCAGCAACAGAUCUGCAAGCGAUGUCGAGGAUCUGGAGGGACGGACAGACGAGGAAUGUGGUGAUAUAUCGCCUGGUGACAGCAGGAAGCAUUGAAGAGAGGAUCUUUCAGCGCCAAAUUGCUAAGAAUGCGCUCAGUGUCUUCGUGAGUGACUCUUCAAAGGAUAGUGUUUCGUUUUCCGAAGCUGAAUUGAGAGAUAUCUUCUCAGCGCCGAUGAGUGGUGUUUGUCUCACUCAUGAAGCCCUUCAGUGCAUGUGCGGAGGUUCAGGAAACGUCCCAGAACCACAGGAAGCAACUGCAGGUUGUCAAAUGGGUCAAAUGAGUCACUUGAUGCAGUGGGAACAUCAUUCCGGGCCGAUUAAUCAACAAGUUCUUAAGGAGCUCUCAUUGGAGCAGAACGGCGAUGAGAUUUUGUACCUCUUCCGGAAUCGCGCAGUAAAGUAGACUUUAUAUAUGUUUAGAUAAGAUUUGUUAUUAAAGACAUUUGAA